GAAGAAAUGGCGAAUCAAACAACAGUGACAGAAUUUUUCCUCUUGGGUCUUGCCAGUGAACCAAAGUUACGUUUUGUUCUCUUUGGGAUGUUUGUGAUUGUCUACAGCAUCACACUAAUGGGCAAUGUGAUCAUCCUAAUGUUAAUUUGGCUGGAUUCUCAACUCCACACCCCCAUGUACUUCUUCUUAAGUAACCUCUCCUUUGUAGACAUCUGGUAUAUAACUAGUAUCAUUCCUCAGUUAUUAGCCAACCUGUGGAUCCCAAAGAAGACCAUUUCAUUUGCUGGUUGUGGUGUUCAGAUCUACUUUUUCUUUGGCCUGGCCAUUACUGAGUGUGUCCUUCUUGCAGUCAUGGCCUAUGAUCGCUUUGUGGCCAUAUGUUACCCUCUGCACUAUACCCUCAUGAUGAACCAGAAAGUCUGCAUCAAGUUGGUGUUAGCAGCCUGGCUCUUUGGCUUCCUCCUUGCAAUGGUGCAUGUAGUCAAUACUCUCCAAAUGCCUUACUGUGGUCCAAAUGUCAUUAACCACUUUUACUGUGACAUCCUGGUUCUGCUGAAACUUGUGUGUGCUGACACCCAUCUCAAUGAAAUGAUUGUGUUUGUGAUUGCUGUCCUCAUUCUUUUGUGUCCCUUUUCCUUUAUACUGAUCACAUAUGUCCACAUUCUAAUAACCAUCUUGAAGAUUCACUCCACACAAGGCCGGCGUAAAGCUUUCUCUACAUGUGUCUCCCACAUCACUGUGGUGGUAUUGUUUUACGGAAGUGCUAUGUUCAUGUACAUGAGACCUGGCUCAAGCCAUUCACCAAACCAGGAUAAAAUGGUCUCCUUGUUCUAUAGCAUUGUCACACCCAUGUUUAACCCUAUGAUUUACAGUCUCAGGAACAAGGAAGUGAAAGGGGCCUUGGUGAAAGUGUUGCAGAGAUGCAAUGUCUGUCAUAGGACUUAA